AUAUAACCAAUUACUAUUUUACUAAUGCAAAUUUAGAUUCUUCAGCUGGUUAUUUUACUAUUUUUUAGAUUUGUAGUUGUAGUCCUCUUCCUUGCCGUUGGGAAAAAAUUGAAAGCUGAAAAUACAAACAAUAAAAUAUGAAUAAUAUAGAACUACCAAGCGAAACACAACCGGAUAUCACUUCAACGGACGAAACUAGUUUAUUGGUUGUUAUACUCGAUAGCAAUCCUGGCCAAAAAAUGUUGAGAGACAAUCCCCAUAUUUUAACACAUUGUGUUGAUUCUGUCAUAGCAUUUGCGAAUUCACACUUGAUGCAGAAAGCACAAAACAAAUUAGCGAUUAUGGCUUGCCAUUCAAAAACUAGCCAGUUCAUAUUUCCUGGACCAGGUAGACCUUUAGAUGUGCGGCAAAUUGAUGGUCAAUAUGAAGCUUUUACUAAUGUGGAGAAAACCACAAAACAAAAUCUUGCAAAGAUAUUGUCUUCUGAAACAUCUUCAGCUAUAACUGAAUCUCUUUUAGCUGGUGCUAUAGCAAUGGCUCUAUGCUAUAUUGCUAGACUCAAUAGGAUAAAGCCUCCAGGAGCUAAGCUCAACUCUCGUAUCUUGGUUGUAACAGGCAGUGGAUGUUCUGCAUCUCAGUACAUGAAUUACAUGAAUGUAUUUUUUACGGCUCAGAAGCAGAAUGUUGUAAUAGAUGUCUGUGCACUGGAUCAACAUCUAAGUUUGUUACAGCAGGGUUGUGACAUCACCAAUGGCUUAUAUCUGAAGGUUCCUCAACUGCAAGGAUUGCUACAAUAUUUACUAUGGGUAUUUUUGCCGGAACCUCCUAUAAGGGAAAAACUGGUUUUGCCACCUCCCGUCAAAGUGGAUUAUCGGGCAGCCUGUUUUUGUCACAGGGAACUUAUUGACAUCGGAUAUGUAUGUUCCGUUUGUCUUUCAAUCUUCUGCAAAUUCAGUCCAAUAUGCACAACAUGUCAUACUGUGUUCAAGAUGCCAGCGCCUUUGGCAGGGAAAACAAAGAAGAAGAAAAAGAUAUAGUAUUAUUUCUUGAACAUUGUUACUUGAAUAAUUUAAGGUAGGUGUACCUAUUACAUUUUCCAAUGAUGAUAAUAAUA